GUCCAGACGUGGAUGUUUAGAUGGUCAUUCACGAGCUGAUUACGUAACCCAUCAAGCUUGCAAGGGGCCGGUCCAAAAAAGUUCGGAGCUUCCAUAUGAUCCAACCUAGGCGAUAGAGCGACUGAGCGCGACACUGUUCUUCGGUAGGGGAACAGCAGGUCGACUUACACAACCGGCAACCAUGUUCAAGCCAAGAUUACGAAUAUCAAGGGCCUGCGCCGCGAGGCUGUCCGCAGCUGCCCCUCGCCCCUCGCCGCCGUCACCAUUUGCCGUCCCCGCGAGACAGCAGCAACAACACCUGCAGAAGAGGUCUCUACACGCCUCACCGGCGCGGCAGCUGCACUCAGUCGCCCCCUUGACCGACGAUGACAGGUUCGAGCGCGAGGGUGUGCGCGGCCUGAUGACGGCCGAGGCCUUCGAGAUCGCGUACAACACCUACCAGGCCCAUGUGCUGAACAAGCUGAACGAGUACACAGCAGGCACCGCGUACGCAGACAUGACCACCCUCGAGACGGCCAUCGCGACGGCCCGCGAGCCGCACCUGGCCGCCACGUUCAACUACGCCUCCAUGGCGCACAACAACCACUUCUUCUUCAGCGGGCUGUCCAAGACGGGCGGCGCGGACAGGAGCGAGCACAUGUCCGAGAUGAUGCGCAAGGCGCUGGAGCUGUCGUUCGGCAGCCUCGAGACCCUGCAGCGCGAGAUGCUGCUGACGGCGGACGCCAUGUUCGGGCCGGGCUUCGUCUGGCUCGUGCAGCAGAUGGACGCCACCGGGGCCAGGGCCUGGCCCUUCAAGAUCCUGACGACGUACCAGGCCGGCAGCCCCUACCCGAGCGCCCACUGGCGCAGCCAGGGCAGCGACAUGAACAACCACGGCUCCCACGGCGAGGGCGGCCAGGUCGUCAAGGAGUACUUCAACCGGCAGAACACGGCCAACCGGCGCGAGCCCCUGCACGGGGCCGCCCCCGCCGAGAAGAACAGGUUCGCCCGGCCGCCCGGCGGCACCGACGUCGUCCCCGUGCUGUGCGUCAACACCUGGGAGCACGUCUGGAUGUGGGACUACGGCGUCGGCGGCAAGAUGGACUUCCUCACGAACUGGUGGAACAUCAUCGACUGGGGCAGGGUGGAGUCGCUGUCCAGGCUCUCCGGCAAGCGCGCCAUGACCGAGAACCCGCAGGUCGGCCCCGGCGUUGCGCAGGUGGCCCAGCCGGCCCCCGCGCCUGCGGACAGUGCGGUCGAGGGAGCACCUCAGUAGAUUGCUUGCUUGAUUUGCCUGCCUGCAAUGACGAGGGGUCGAUGGUGCUUGGGGGCUGUAUAAUAGACACCAGUGGGGUAGCCGCGGCUGAGGUUCUCUUGAGGCCCGGUCGCUUGCCACGUAAAAAAAAAAAACCUGCCGCGACAUAUCGAGUGUGUAAAGUAUGCCAAAGGCGCCCAAAAGAAAGGAUAAAAAUAGACCUAUGUGCUACCAUG